CUUGUUUAUUUCUCUUUUACUAUUAGUCCACUCCCACGUUUUUCUCUCAUUUGACUCUUUUAAGCAAGCUCCUACUUUAUCCUCCUUUUUAAAAUAAUUUCCAUUGUAUGCUUUUGAAUGAAACAAGCAUCUUCUAAUAGCAACCGCAUUUCUCUCUGAAUAUUGCAUUACCAUUUUCCUGCUACUUGCGUCCAUAUCCUUUAUCUUGAACACACAAUAACACAUUAUUUCAUUUGUAUAUUUUCUUGCUUUUUGAGCUCUUCCCUUGUUUCCUAGUAUAGUUUAUGGUACCUAAAAUAGCAAAAAUUGUAGUAACGACAUGUGACUGUUGGAUUUUGCUAGUAAACGUUUAGGGACCAGAACUACUUUUUUGUUCCGUCCCUAGAAGCUAUUUUUCUUGUAGUGAUAUAUAACUUAACACAUGGGCAAGAUCCAAGGUUUUGUUCUCAAACAUCGGGUCACCGCACUUCUCCGGUGUUCAUUCCGGCGAAGGAAAUCGCCGGCGAAGUACCAACAAGAUAACCCACUUCCGAGUCCUAGUGCAAAACCCCUUUCAAAAUUCUUAAACUGGACAAAAAGUCUCAAGAUCAAAGCCAAGGUUAUUUGCUCAAAAAUUCACUGCUCCGGGUCCGGGUCGGGUUCGAGUCGAGGUUACAUACAAAUCGGGCAAGAACCAGUUGGAGAGAAAUCUAUGGCUGUGCCAAAAGGUCAAAUGGCAGUUUAUGUGGGACAAAAAGAUGGAGAUUUUAGAAGAGUUUUGGUUCCUGUAAUAUAUUUUAAUCAUCCUUUGUUUAGUGGGCUGUUGAGGGAGGUUGAAGAUGAGUAUGGGUUUAAUCACCCGGGUGGGAUUACUAUUCCUUGUCGGAUCUCGGAGUUUGAGCGUGUCCAGACCCGGAUCAAGCAGGGUCGGGUUGCCCCCAAAGUGUUGACAUGAAAAUUGAACUCACACUUGUUUUGUAAAAGAUUAUCACCACUUGACUAUGUAUAAGCUUUGGUAAUGUAAAAGUAAUCAUGUUUUGAGUUAAAUACUAAGAGGUCGUUUGAUAGCUGGUUAGAAGAAAGGUUAUUCAUGUAUAAAGGGUAACAUAACUUAUACCAUGUUUGGUA